AUGGGAUACAAGCUACUAAAGAUACUGGGUUCCGGUGGCUUCGGUUCAGUGUACUUGGCGCUAGAUGAAAAGACAAUGACCUACGUGGCUAUCAAGACAGUAGAUUUAGAGCAGUCACUUUCAGAGCUGGAUGUGGUCCAGAAAGAGGUUACCCUCAUGACUAGGUUGAUGUCUAACUACACUAUCCGUUACUAUAGGUCGUGGUGCACAGAGAGCACCUUGAACAUAGCCAUGGAGGCUGGCCUCUGCUCUGUGGCAGAUAUACUGAGCAUAGUCGGACCCCUCAACGAAGCUACUGCGUGCUUCAUUAUGUACCACUUGGUUAAGGGGGUUGCGUAUCUUCAUGAAUCCAAGGUCAUACACAGAGAUUUAAAGUGUGCCAAUAUCCUUGUGACCGAUGACAGCACGUCUUCAACCGUGGCACAGCAGCCUGAUGGCUUGGCAAAGCGGCUAAUUGACUUAAUACUGGGCAAACCUGUUUCUCCAGGUCUCUUUUCUGAAACCUCCAGGCCGAGGAGCUCUCAUGGAAGUUACAUCUCGACUAUUGCUCGCUCUUUUUCUCCUCGGCCAAAUUCUGACUCUGCAGCUGCCUUAUCAUUGGGAAUCAAGCUCUGCGAUUUUGGUGUCUCGACGACAAUUUCUUCGACCAUGUCCAAAAGAUGCUCGUUUGUUGGCACACCUUAUUGGCUUUCCCCAGAGGCUAUUACCAAAAAUGAGUGCGAUUCUUUUUCUGAUAUCUGGGCAGUUGGAAUCUGCCUCUAUGAGCUUAUUUUUGGCCACCCACCUCACCACAAACUCUCUCCCACGAAGGCCAUGAUUGAAAUAGCGAGAAAUUCGUCCAGCACAUCACUGUUUGAUGACAAGGUUGAGAUCUCCAAGACGUGCAGAGACUUUGCUGCCUGCUGUUUGGACAGAGACAAGACUAAUCGAUGGCCUGCAAGUAAGCUCUUGACCCACAAGUGGUUCAAAACCAUCCAGAAGGUCUCUGCACGCGAUGUUCUAGCCCCCAUUAUGGAGAAAUACUUUCGUGACUUCAAUAGACGAGAGCAGGAUCGCUUACACGACCCCUUUGCCAUACAAACAAAACAAGAUGAUCUGGGCUAUAUUUGGCUUCCCGAAGAACAGGGUUCUGCCGAGGAAGAAUUUGUUCCAGUUAAACAAGCUGCUGCUUCCCGGGCAAGAGCCAAUGCGGGCUCCGAGAUAAAUGUCACAUUCUCUCCAGAAGAUCCCUAUUUAAAUCAAUUAGACCACGAGAAGAUUCAGCCGACCAAGAAACAAGAAGAUUGGAGCUUUUCUAGUGACACAUCCGAGAACUCUCCCCAACAUUCCAAAUUAACAUCACCACCACCACCUCACCUAGAGCAGAAUGUCGGCCAGCUAAGCGCUACAGGAGAAGAUAUAAACGGCCAAGAUGUUAUCCUACCCCUGCAAAGCGUUGCUGAUGGCUUCACUGACUCUUUGCAAGGGGGUGGAUGUGCCCGAGUUUCUACUGAUGAGUCAAAUGAGCCAUCGCCGACUAUACAUCCGUCAGAGCUAGUUCACAAAGAUCUAUCUAAUGCUACCCCAUUGAAGGAUACCGUUAAUAGACCGACUACCGCCGUUAAACUACACUCAGUCCUCUCACAGGAUCCCAGUCAGAAAACCCAAAUUCACAUACCUGGUGCGCAAAUCACCGAUGCACUUAAGGUUCCUCAGGUCCCACAGAUCCCCGCCAUUCCUCCCGCUCCCGCUUUUUCAGAUAGUGUAAGCCUCUCUGCCAGGCAUCGCACAGAUAAGUACAGCUUAACCAGUCCCGGACCCUCCUCACGUAGCGAACUUCGAAAAUUGAGCUUCAACUCAAGCGAUCCGCCAGGUUACAAGACGCCUCCUCCACCUUCCUUUAUUACCAGCAGCAAGCUAGAAGCCUCGAAAACAUAUAGCACAAUUAGCGCCACUCUGUCCAGAAGCCAAAAGAACAGUGUGGAUAUUUUAAUUGCGACGUUGAGGACUGUCGCAGCCUCUCACCAGGUAGAAAGCGUGGAGCAGCUAGUUUCUGAAUUUUCUGCACUAGGAAACGAUUUCUGUGACAGCUUUAUAAAGCGCCUCUGUCUUACAAAGCUUUCUCACGACCGGGAAACACUGCUUCUAUCUGCAACAUCUUUGCAAGAUCCGUUGCUGAAAGCCCUAAAUGACAGGUCUAGUGUGCAGUAA